AUGUCGACCGCCAGUGUGCGUUGGCUGGUGGCCGACAGAAGCUCGGCUAGCGGUGUCUCGUUCGGCAUGCCCUGGCCCAAGGGGUAUCUUCGCCCGGGCCAAGCCUUUACCAUUGGGGGAGAUGAUCAGACGUACCCGCUCGACUGUCGCGAGAUUGCCUACUGGCCCGAUGGCUCGCUCAAGUGGACGGCUCACUCCGUUAGUGGUAACCUUGGUCGUCACGAGGUCUAUCGAGUCAAGCCUGUCGAUACGAGCGCUGAGCAGACCGGUGGCAUUUCCAUCAAGGAGGAGUCUGGAAUUAUCUCGGUGUCUACCCGAGCUGGGCUAGGGAUUGAGUUUUCGCUCUCAGCUGGGUCUGCUUUGUUCAAUAGCCUCACGCUGAGCGGUCGCUCUCUUUGCUCGGGCGCAACCCUUGUCGCGUCUAUCAACAAAAAAGAAUACGCGACAUCUGUCAAGAACAUCGCCAUCGAAAACGCGACCGACAAUCGUGUUGUUGUCAAAGUUUCUGGAAAUGUUGUCACCGACGGUCAAGAGCAUCUCCCUUUUGAUGUCAGAGUUUAUGUCUACUCGGACGCGCCCACAAUUCGAAUCGUUCACUCCUUCAUCCACGAUCUCGAUGGCGACGAACCUUUGACCUCUCUUGGUGUCCAACUCCAAGUCCCUCUACAAGAUACCGAGUUCUACAACAGACAUGUUCGUCUUGGUGGUGCAGCCGGGGGUGUCUUGAAGGAGGAAGUCCAAGGCCUUUCGGGGCUGAGAUUUGGGCCCACCAUUCAAAACAGGAUUGACCAGACAUCUGGAAAACCUGUCACGCUUCGAGAGGAUGAGUGGGAGAAGACCAAGCUCCCUGCCGGUCUGGCCUCGGUCCCGACAUGGGAUGCAUACACUUUGUCGCAACUAUCAUCGGACGGCUUCACCGUGAAGAAACGAACGAAACCAGGCUGCUCCUGGGUCAGGUCAACAGGUGGUGGUCGAUCUGAUGGGACCGUAUACGUCGGGUCUGCCAACUAUGGUGGACUUGCAGUUGGCCUGAACGAGUUCUGGGAACGGUACCCUACCCAGAUCGACCUGUCGAACCUUACAAAAGAUGAGGGAACGAUCACGAUGUGGCUGUACUCCCCGUUGGCUGAACCUCUCGAGACGAUGCCAUAUCACGACGGCCUUGGGCUGGACACCUACCCCAAGCAGUUGGAUGCACUUAAUGUCACAUACGAGGACUACGAGCCAGGCUUUGCUACUGCAAAUGGCAUCGCACGAUCCAACCAACUCUUCCUCAGACCCUUCUUAGCUACACCAUCCAACGAAGACUUCAGUCUUUUUUCAUCUCUUGUUCGCGACCCCCCCUGCCUGGCUCCUACGCCCGAGUACAUGCACUCGACACGAGUCUUCCAUGGAUGCUGGUCUCCCGACGCUCAAAUCUUGGGUGAUGCUCCAUCAGAGAAAGAGUCCAACAUUGAGAAGAACCUCGACCUUCUGUUCAAGUACUACAAGGGACAAGUCGAACAACAUCGAUGGUACGGCUUCCUAGACUAUGGAGACGUCCAACACACAUACGAUCCAUACCGCCAUGCAUGGAGAUACGAUGUCGGCGGUUACGCCUGGGACAACUCGGAGCUAUCAACAGACUUGUGGCUGUGGCUGUACUUCCUCCACACAGGUCGUGCCGACGUGUUCAAGAUGGCUCGAGCCAUGACGGCACACACCGCCGAGGUCGACGUUUAUCACUCGGGCAAGUUCAAGGGCUUUGGAACUCGUCACGGCGUGCAGCAUUUUAGCGACAGCUCAAAGCAGCUUCGCAUAUCCAAUGUGCUGUACAGGCGCAUCUACUACUACUUGACGGGCGACGAGCGCAUGGGAGAUUUGAUCUCAGAGCUUGGCCAAUGCCAGAAUGCUCUUCUUGGCCUUGACUCGCACCGCAAGGUUCAAGAGCAUGCAGGCAUUCCUGAUGGUUUCGCGAUGGCAAACAUUGGACUUGACUGUGGUCCUCUUGCUGCUUCGUGGUUGACUACCUGGGAGAGACGAACAGAGGGUUGGGAACGGUCCAGAGAUCUCCUGUUGAAGAUGCUCGAGGGUAUUUCCAAGCUUUCGCAUGGAAUUGGGAACAAUGCAAUCCUCCUGAAUCCCACGACUGGCGAUAUCCUGGAAUGCCCUCCUCCUACUCCUGCAUGGGCGAUUUCGCAUUUAUCCAUGCUGUUUGGCUUCCCCGAAAUCUUCACUGAGCUGUUGGACUACGCCAAGGACGAAUACCCUACGGCUGUUGGAGCCUUCACAGAAGUUUGGCUUCGCUACUGCAGAGCGUACAAUGGAACCCGCGAGGUUCAGCUUAAAGAGUUUGGCUUCGAGUUCCCAGAACCCACAGUCAUGUGGCGUCAAAGUCAUUCCACAUUGACAGCGAUAGCAUCGGUUGAGCAAAAUAGUGAAGAGCUGGGAAGAGCCGCUUGGAAUCAGUUCUUCAACAUCGAUGGAUACCUGGAAAAUCAGGAUUGGCAGGUCAAUAAGGCGUCCCCACCUGAGUUCUUCAAUGAAGGAGAGGAGGCACCUUGGGUUUUUACCAACGAGACUGCGCGGUAUGGUGUCAGUGCCAUCUUCAACUUGGCAAACAUUCGACAGUAUCUCUGA